AUGAGUUUCGAGCCAUCGGUUAACAUGACAAUAAAGAAUAAAAAUAGGAAGGAUAGAUCUAAACAUGAUAAAGGGGAAAGGAUUCCAGAACAUGAAAUUCCCGGGACCUCUUCCAAUACGCGUUACAAUUACAGCUAUACAAAGUAUGCAUAUACUCCUAGGAAUGAGAUAAGUGAUGAAUAUCCCGGCCCUCAUAGAGGCCGUGCACACGCGUGCCAAAGGAAGGAAGUCUGCACAAAAGAGCGAGAUAAAUCAUUUAAUCAAUAUAGUUCUUCAAGUAACCAAAAACGCCAUUGGAGUUCUUCGGUCAGUUUGGAGAACCCUAAGAAAAAUUGUGAUAGAAGACCCAGUCAAGCCGUCACUACUGAAUUGGGGGAAAUUUCUAGCAGCGUAACUGUAAGCGAAGAUGGUGGAAACAAUAGUGAGGAUGAAUACUAUAUUGCGACUGGGACUCGUCCCUUGCCAACUACUAAGGUUGGUGGCACCAACCUGGCCGAAGAGAAUAAUCUUGAGGAUCUGUUAAUAGAAAAGAAGGGUUGGAAAAUAGUCCAUGUUGGUUCCGAUGGCGCAUGUCUGUUCAGGAGUGUUGCCCAUCAAAUAUUUGGCGAUGAAGAAAAGCAUCACAUCAUAAGAACUCAAGUUUUAGACUAUAUGACAAAAAAUGAAGAACAUUUUUCCCAAUAUAUAACGGAAGACUUUUCCAGGUACAUUGAAAGAAAAAAGAAUUUACAUUGCCAUGGCAAUCACGUUGAGAUUCAGGCCAUCGCUGAGUUAUAUAAUAGGCCUGUUGAGAUCUAUCAUUCUACUGCCGAACCUAUCAAUGUCUUUCAAGCGGAAUAUUCAAACGAGCCGCCUAUACGCCUUAGCUAUCAUGGCAGAGUUCAUUAUAAUUCUGUUGUUGAUCCCUUUAAUCCUUCAUUUGGACAUGGACUUGGAAUGCCAAAUUACCAGCCAGGGCUUCCCGAACCUGAUCUAAUUGCUCGUGCAAUGGAUGAAUCAGAAAAUACUCACAUUGAGGAUGCUAUGCUGCGCGACAAGUUAGCUGAAACUGAGCAAAGGGAAAUCGAACAAUGCAUUGAGGACCAAGUGGUUCGUGAAUCGUACUUUGAGCAUAUGUCUGGUAUUCGAAAAUCGAUAUUAAUGAAUAUCAUGGCCUUAGCAAAAAGCUACACCGAUCCUCUUCUCUAUGUCCGAAUAAGCCUUAUGAAUUCUCAUUCUGGUCAAAAUGCUUAA